AUGGCCUCGCGCGCCAGAUCAGAUCGCAGCAAGAGGCGGAAGCCCGCACCCUGCACGGACACAGAUACCGAUUCGGUGCACGCGUGGCCGUUUCUUAGCCAUCUCUGGCAUGUCUCGGGCUCCUGGGGCUCGUGCGGCCUGCAGUCCGUCCUAUCAGUCCCGUGGCCAGUGUGCAAGCGUGUCGCGUUGGCCUUCACACUGUUGGGAGUCAACGCCAUGCUCUUCUGCUACAACAUGAAGAUGUUCCUUCCUGGCAACUUUCCUGACCGUCACAGCUUCAGGGUUGCUUCAUAUGCGACUUCUUUCACGAGAGAUUCCGACGAACCUCCGCACGCAUUGUCACCAGCCAUCUUGCGGCAGAAGCCAAGCAUGCCAGGCCCAUUGCCAAGUUGGACGGAGCCGCGAAAGCCAGCAGCUGGCCAGAUUCUCUCAGGCACGUCAGGCACGGAUGCUGCAGAUGUGGAAGAUGCCAUGACCCAGGCCGACCGACUGAUGGCAUAUGCGCUGCUGCAGAAUACCACGCAGAUCGUUCGUUUCAGAACGCAUGCUUGGACGAUACCAACUCUUACUCUUGCAAAGGGUCAGGAGCUGCCUUACCCUGACAAGGUGAAGAUCGUGAGCCGCACAGAAGGUGAGUACGCGGGUAAUGAGAACGUCGUGUUCUUGUCACCGUGCAGUGCCCAUUCUCUUCAUUCUUUGGACAUACCCUUUGGAGAUUUCGUGUUGGAGAAGGCCGCCUUUUUAAGGAUGAACUGCUCAAAAAAGGAGCAAUCUGCAAACUUGGCCUCAAGGCUCGUGGUGGUGUACAUGAACCUAAGGGAGAGUGGCUAUUUUGGCCACGCGAUUGACAACGUGCUACCGCGAGCCUUCGCGGUGGUAGAGGGUGCUCGGCGCGCUGGGCAUCGGGUGUCACUGGUACUGCCGCCUCUGGGAAGACGCUCGAUGAGUGAAAACACGAAGUUGCUCUGCAAGUUCCUGGGCCUCGAGUUGCUUCAACGGGUACCUUUGGAGCCACACCGGGUGGUUGGGGUCAGUGGAGUUGCUGCUUGGAGUCGAGAGCUCCGACAGGCCUUGCAGCAGGCCAUCUGGAGGUCUCCGCUUUUGCAAGGCCUCCCCCCGGCAAAGUGCCCAGCGCCCUGGGCGCCAACGGCGCCUUCGACGACUUCGCCCUUGUUGAGGGCGAAGGCGUCGAGCACGUCCUUGAGCUCCGAGGCGGCCUUGGCCCUGUCCUUGUCACGCUGCGCCGCCUGCAGCCGCGCUCUGAAAGGCCACCCUGGCGUUUUCCUGGGCCGGCACGGGGGCACCCGGAAUGCACGGCCGGUGGAGGGCGCCGAGCACUUGGAGAAGGCCUUCGAAAAGCGGCAGUUCCUCGUCUACGCAGACGCCGGCGCGGUGCCCUUGGCGGAGCUGGCGCGAAGGCUGUAUGGCAGCUGCCGACUGGCGGGCUUCUCGGGGACCGCUAUGGCAAACCUGGUUUUUUUGCCACCCAAUGCCGCCGUGUUGGAGUUCAAUUUGUAUCGGCUCUAUGCAAACUACUGGCAGUGGUCCCACGCCCUGGGCAUCUGCUACUGCCAGGUGAUCGACAAUUUCGAUAGCACGAGCGUGAAACGCAUUUCGAGGGAGGAGGCCGAGCUAUGGGCCUACGAAGCUUUGGCCGAGAGCCCCAGCAGCCCUCCAGAAGCCAUAGCUGCCAUAGCGGACACCAGUGGACCGAUGGCGGAAGAAAAAGCUCAAGAGAAUCGCUGCGAUGCAAGCUACGCUGAAGAAAUGCAUCUGGUGCACUUCUCGGCCGGGGAACGCCUCGUGUACAGUUUUCGACGCCUGGAACAGCUGUUGGCCGCAAAAUACAAGUCUCAGCCCAAGAGCAAGAAGGCUGCUGCAUUGACUGAUGACCAGGCACGCGUGCUGCUGCAGCUUUGCAGCUGUGCGGAUGAGACCGCUGCUUCCUUGAAGACUGACUUGGACCAUGAGGACUACGGCUGUGAAGUUGCGCGGCUACUCUUUGAUCACGUCCUUUCUCAUUGGAAGUCCAAGAGUGCAGACGCCGUGCUCGCCGAUGCGGCGCAGAAGGACUUUGAGCUGCGCCUCAGUGCUUUCAAGGCCUUGGGCACAAGCGUGCCGGGCUACGAGCGUGAGGUAUUGCUUGCUUGUGCUCACAGCAGCACGGAACAGCUCAAAAUCCUGACAGAGCCGAGCAUGCCGAGCUCUGUCCGCGAGCCAGUGGAAGCUCGGCUUCGCCGAUUGGCGCAGGCGGCCGUGGAAGGCUUUGGGAAGGCAAAGGCUUCCAAGGCUGCCAAGGUCUCACCAGCUUGCAGGCCUUCGCCCUCUCAGGACCCGGAGUCCAUGGAAGUCACCAGCGAGCACAGACCUACAAGAAGUGGCUGCGCAGAUUGCAACCUGAUUACGGACGAGGGGCGAGAAACACUUGGGCGGCUUCGUCUGGCAUCUGGGCGCGCACAAGCUGCUGAACGCAGGGCAGCGCAGCGCUUGCGGGUCGCGGGCGUCCUAGCCACUGCGCUGAAGCUCCCUGUUCCAUCUGAACUUCAGGUGCACAAAGGUUGCAUCGCUUGCAAGGAAGAUGUUGGCAAGCUGCUGCUUUUUCCAUGUGGCCAUGCUGCUCAUGCUGCUUGCACCAGCCGGGUUGAUGGUCGUUGCCCGGAAUGCCAGAUCGCGAUGGAGGAGGAGGAGGCCGUGUGCCUCAACUCCUUGCCGUCCUUGCCGUCUGUGUCACAGGGUCGACGCUGCAGGUUCAGUUCGAAGAUCGCCGCUGUCAUCAUCGAGCUAAAGCGUAUCAUCAAACGAGAUGGGCAAGCCGCACAAUGCAUGGUGUUUUCUCAAUGGCCAUCAGCUCUGGUGCAGUUGGAGGCUGCUCUCCUCGAAGAGGGCAUGACACCCAUGAUGCCCCGAGAGGUUCAGCAACGCGAGUUGGGCACACGAGAGGAAGCUGACAAGAGAAUCCUCCUUUUAACGCCCGAGGCGUUGCAGAACCUUGGCAAGGCGACCGCUCUGCUCGCCCCUUUUUCUGUGCGCCAUAUCCUGCUGAUGCAUUCAAUGCACCCUCCGCAUGCCUCAUCCAAGCGCGACGAGUGGGAGAGGAGAAUACUCAGCGCAGCCCGGAUAGAGUCCUCUGCGGGCGUUGCUCCCGCAGUCAUUCUUCAUCGCUUUGCUGUCCGUGACACCGUGCGCCUCACAUUGGAAGGGAAUUCGACCAUGUGCCUCCAUGAGCGGACUACAGUGCUGGCACCGGUGUACAGCGCCAACACAGCAGCGGCCUUGAAGGCAGAAGGUCGACUGGCCCGAACUCCGGCGGAGGCUGUAGAUGUCUUCUACGGGGAGGCGGCCUCGGCCUGGACGUACGAAGUCCGGUCUUCGACGGAGGCCGAUGCAGCUGAGUUGCGUCGCGACGAGCAAGGCCUGCGAUCUGUGGAUUCGUGUCUGGAUCAAAUCGGCUACUGCAUCGUGGCUGGCAGUAUGAGUCACCUGAAGAGAGCUAUUCGCUCACGCUCCCGUGGCAUCCUUCACCACUGUAGACUCGAGGAGGACGAGGAUGCUCCUGCCCUCGUGGAUCCAGAAGAGGCAUCGACCUAUGCGAGCCACUGCUCUACCAGGAAGGUGGUACUGCUGUACUAUCUCGGACCAUCUACUGCGGUGGCCAGUCUGUUUCUGCGGGAUGAUGCUUCAAAAGCCUACGAGGUCCGCAUGAAAGAGGACACCGUCAUCGCCUACGUGAACGAUGCGUGCACCUUGGUCAUUCAGGAGCUCGGUCCUGGCCUCAUCUUCGAGGUCGACCUGACUUUGGAGACAAAGCAGUCGCAGCAGCAGGGAACAGUUCGAGUAUCAGUAGCUGAGCAUGAGCCGCCUCGCCGGGCCCGGACGUAUCAAAUGAUGGCUCGCAGCAACUUUACCGCGGACUCUUCGCGGAUGCCGCCUGGCAGCGACUUUACCAUCUCAGUUUCGAGGACGGGCCGCCGUUUGGGCCGCGCUUUUGUGCCAUCUUUUUGCCACUCAGCCAAUUACCCCUUUCUGGAGGACUCGGCCCUUGGCCAUUCUGAUGUGCAGAGGUCAUUGAGCCCAAUGGUCUCCGGCCUCAAGGAGAACGGAUCGGACUUUCGAGAGAAGGACGGCAGAGAGCUGAGGGAGCGACCAGAGAAGGACCGUCCUUCACGAGACCGGGAUGAGGGAGAUUCCGUUCGAUUCUCGCAGACGCUCUCCGCACUCCCAAGAAACUCAGGCCCUGGUGUUUUCACGUCCAUUCUGGCGAAGCUUGCCCGGGAGCGGCGCUGGUGGGACGUCGACGCGGUUUUUGCAGAAAUGUCGGCUCGGAGCAUCAGGCCGAACCGCAUCCACCUCAAUGCUGCCAUCAAUGUCUUUGCGAAAGCUCGGCGGCCACAGAAAGCCGAGGAAUGGCUGAUCUGGAUGCAGGACAACGACGUGAAGCCCAACGAGGUCAGCUACAACAGCGUCAUCAACGCUUGCGCACAAACUGGUUACGUUGAGCGCGCCGAGAUGUGGCUUGGGCGUAUGCUGGAAGCUGGCAUUCAAGCAAAUGAGGUCAGCUACAACAGCGUCAUCAAUGCUUGCGCGCAGAAGGGGCGUGUUUCUCGUGCAGAAGUUUGGCUCGAGAAGAUGCUUGCUGCCGGCGUCAAAACCGAUGCCUUCAGCUACAACAGCGUCAUCAAUGCUUGUGCCCAACGACGUGACAUUGAACGGGCAGAGACGUGGUUGGAGAAGAUGCUCAGCGAGGGCAUCCAGGCAGACGAAGUGAGCUACAGCAGCGUCAUCAAGGCUUGCGUGCAGAAGGGCGAGUUGGACCUCGCGGGCUACUGGCUAGAAAGAAUGGCAGCAGCCGGGCUACAGGCCAACGAGGUGACCUACAACACUGUGGCAGGAGCCUGUCUUGCCGCUGGCGACAAGGAGCGCCUCGAGAGAUGGCGGAAGCUGAUGAGACUCGAGGAGCCAUCCGUUGUCCGCUGCCCCCUUCAGAAGCCGUCACGGCCGUCCGCAUGCACCACCAAGAACCUGGAUGAGGUGGACAAGGACAUCCUCAGUGACGCUAUGCCAAAGAAGGUGGAUGACCUCGCGUCCGAAGCCCAAACCUCUCCUCGAAGCUUUGAUGUGCCUCCACAAAGAGUGUGA